AUGCCUCGUGCACCCUCAGCUCUAAUCUUGUGCCUGGUCGCUGAGUGCCUGGCGUUACCCAGCGGAAGCGGGCACUGGCGCACCGCUCAUGACCGAGUAGUCGGUGGCAGUGAUGCCAACAUUUCCGAGUACCCCUACUCACUGCAGCUGAUGGUCAGCGGUGAAUUUUACUGCUGUGCGUCAGUCAUCGGCGCAAACUGGGUGCUGACGGCUGGACACUGUCUCGAAGGCGUGACAACCGACAUACUGAGCUUCCGCGCUGGUACUUCGACGCGAGACACCGGCGGCACAGUGCAUGACGCGCUUACUGCUAUCUCACAUGAGCAGUAUAAUACCUACACACUCGACUACGACAUUGGAGUUGUGCAGAUCUCAGGGUCAUUUCCGUUGGGAGACAACGUCCAGACAAUCGGCCUGCCUGCUGCAGACUACGACCCCCCUGGGGGUCUUGCUGCCACACUGACCGGCUGGGGCGUGCUUAUAACCAACGGUCCUCUACCAGACGUGCUGCAGAAAGUCGACGUCAACGUCAUCGACAGGGAGACGUGCCAGAGCAUCAUCAACUCGAUAAGCAGGGUGAGAGACCUGUCCCACGUGUCUGAGCGCAUGAUCUGCGCCGGCGAGGCGGGGAAGGCUGCCUGCGGUGGAGACUCCGGCGGCCCCCUGGUCAGCGGAGGUACGCAGAUCGGCAUCGUCUCGUGGAAGAUGAGCGGCUACUGCGAGAAAGCGGGCUCCGUCUACGCCAGUGUGGGCAGUCUGCGCUCCUGGAUUACAAGCAAGACCAAUAUCUAAUGGUCCGUGACGUUUCACUUACGAGCACAAAUUGGCUAUGGUAAAUACGUAACCUGAACUUCAAACCCUUGAACUAAAAAGUUCACGGCAUCAAUAUCCAGACGCCAGGUCACCCCCAAUGAUACAAGAGAAAGACUGAGUCCUUCGAUGGAAAUCAUCAUCCUCACUCAAACUCUCUAUUUAAUUCCAUUAUCAAAUGGAUUAGUAAAUAACAAACGUAGCGCUUUUAAUAUCGAAGGGUAGACACUAUUAUAAGUAGGUGAUCGUUACGGAUUUUAAAAUAUUGAGUUUAUCAUUGACGUCCACUAUCCCUACUUUGACUCGGACUUCUAUAUUUAUUAGUUCAAAUGUUUUAUGAGA